GCAUAGAGAUGAGUCUCAAAUAUGUUUUCAGAAAAAUGUUGCCAAAUUGUGAUAAUAUUCCGGUAACUGGAGAUUUAGAUUCGGAACUGGAUUUUCUAGAGCAAAUUCCGGAAACUCUUGAGGAUUGUUUCAAGAUUUUGUCGACGGAGGCAAGAGAUCUGUAUUUGAGUAGGACAGUUCCGAUAUUAGACCAUCCUCCAACCCCACUUCAGUUCUACCGUGAUUACGUGAGCUACAACCGUCCAGUCCUCAUUCGUUCUGCAGUUUCUCAUUGGCCAGCUCUAGACCUAUGGCGGACAAACGAGUACUUCCGCCGUGAGUUAGGUUCUACUGAAGUGACUGUUGCGGUUACUCCAAACGGUUUGGCGGAUAGUCCAGUAGGAGACAGGUUUGUCCUACCAGAGGAGAGACGGAUGAAAUUCUCCAAGUUCCUGGAUAUCCUAGAGAAUCCUGAAUCUGAACCUGGAAUAUUCUAUAUACAAAAACAGAAUUCAAAUCUUACCCAGGAACUACCACAGCUGGUAGAGCAGGUUCCUGAACUCUCCUGGGCAUCUCAAGCUUUUGGUAAAUCACCAGAUGCGGUCAACUUCUGGCUAGGAGAUAAAAGAGCUGUGACGUCAAUGCACAAAGAUCCUUAUGAGAAUAUCUAUACUGUUAUUCGAGGUUAUAAGGAUAUUCUGCUUCAUCCUCCAACAGAUCUACCCUGGAUACCCUACAGACAGUUUACUCAGGCAGUUUAUAAAUCUUCUCAAGAUAAAACCUUCAGUAUACAGGACAUAGAGGGAGGGGAAACUGUUCCAUGGAUUUGUAUUGAUCCACUUAAUCCAGAUCUAAACUCCUACCCGGAGUACUUUAAUACAACCCCUAUCAAGGUUAGGGUUUAUGCUGGAGAAACUCUGUAUCUGCCAAGUUUAUGGUUUCAUCAUCUAUCCCAGAGCCAGGGUUGUGUGAGUGUCAAUUACUGGUAUGAUAUGGAGUUUGAUAUUAAAUAUAAUUAUUUUAAUCUUAUUAAAAAUAUUAAGCAAUUGGAUAAACAGAAUAAAUGUUGAAAAUUCUUUUUUUUCUACUUUUCUACCUCGGUGGUUUUAACAUGAAUCUAAUUUGUUCCUACAUAUUGCAUGCAGGACUUUAGUUUUGUUUAGUUAAAGUAAAAUAGGUUAUGGAGGGUCUUUUGCCAUUCAUAUUUAAUGUCAAGCGAUCAAUUUUGAUAAUCAAUUAAAAUAUUUUUUAAAUAUUUAUCACUUUUUUACCGAUAUAAGAUUUAUUUGUGUGAUAAAGUUUUUUUAUGGAAUUGUUUGAACGAGUUUUUCCCCUUUCCUUUAGAAAUGAAUUUGGACACCCCGCAGCCAGAGGUUAGAAUUUGCGGAAGAGUUUGCAGUAUUCUGUAGUCAGGGUGUGGAGUAGGAUACAGUAUUCUGUAGUCAGGGUGUGGAGUAGGAUACAGUAUUCUGUAGUCAGGGUCUGGAGUAGGAUACAGUAUUCUGUAGUCAGAGUGUGGAGUAGGAUACAGUAUUCUGUAGUCAGGGUGUGGAGUAGGAUACAGUAUUCUGUAGUCAGGGUUUGGGGUAGGAUACAGUAUUCUGUAGUCAGGGUGUGGACUAGAAUACAGUAUUCUGUAGUCAGGGUGUUUACUAGGAUACAGUUUUCUGUAUUCAGGGUGUGGGGUAGGAUACAGUAUUCUGUAGUCAGGGUGUGGAGUAGGAUACAGUAUUCUGUAGGCAGGGUGUGGAGUAGGAUACAGUAUUCUGUAGGCAGGGUGUGGAGUAGGAUACAGUAUUCUGUAGUCAGGGUGUGGAGUAGGAUACAGCAUUCUGUAGGCAGGGUGUGGAGUAGGAUACAGUAUUCUGUAGCCAGGGUGUGGGGUAGCAUACAGUAUUCUGUAGUCAGGGUGUGGACUAGGAUACAGUAUUCUGUAGUCAGGGUGUGGGGUAGAGUAGGAUACAGUAUUCUGUAGUCAGGGUGUGGGGUAGGAUACAGUAUUCUGUAGUCAGGGUGUGGAGUAGGAUACAACAAUAUUCUGUAGUCAGGGUGUGGGGUAGGAUACAGUAUUCUGUAGUCAGGGUGUGGAGUAGAAUACAGUAUUCUGUAGUCAGGGUCUGAAGUAGAAUCCAGUAUUCUGUAGUCAGGGUCUGAAGUAGAAUACAGUAUUCUGUAGUCAGGGUGUGGGGUGUAGGAUACAAUAUUCUGUAGUAAGGGUGUGUAGUAGAUUUCAGUAGUCCGUAGUCAGGGUGUGGAGUAGAAUACAGUUUUCUGUAGUCAGGGUGUGGGGUGUAGGAUACAAUAUUCUGUAGUAAGGGUGGGGAGUAGAAUUCAGUAUUCCGUGGUCAGGGUUUGGAGUAGAUUACGGAACAGUUGAUAGUUAUUAGAGAACCUGGUUAUGUUAGGUAAAGGGUUAAAUAUUGCAUAAUUGGUUGUUACGGAGGGGUUUCUUGGUAGUAAGUUGGUCGUUGGGGGAGGGAAAGGGUUUAGGGUGUUUUGAGUCACUUUUUAUUUGAUAAAAAAUUGUUCAGAUCAUUUAAUUUGAUUUGGUGGUGGGGAAAAAAAAGAUUUCAUGAUGAAUGAAGGUUUCCCGAGUGGGUGGAUGGGGGAGGGGAUAAAAUAUUACAAUUCACGAGGUUAGUUUGGGGUUUAUAAAGUUUAAAAUUCUCCCAAGGGAAUAUUAUUCACGGAAACCUAAGGAAAGGGAGGAAAUGAAACAAUGUUUAAUUUUCUUAAAGGAAAUUAACCUUGUUUACUUUAAUCAGGAGAUAAAGCUGUUGUAGACUAAAAUAUAAAUUUAAACCAAAGUUUUCCUUCUCUCUGCCAAGAGUCCGUCCUCUUAUUAUUUAUUUAUGAAAAAUGAUAAAUGAAGACUGUCACAGUGACAUUAUACUUGUGUAAAUAUCAAUUACGCCUCAAUUAUUUGUCCUGAAGUAUAAAUAUAUUAUUUGAUGGAUUUAUUGAAAACCAAGUUUUGAUUUCCUUUAAGUAUUGUGUAUAUAUAAUAUCUAGGUCAGAGCUCUGAUUGAAACCUAAGUUAUUUUCAGAAA